AAUGAGGUGUAUUUUACGAAAGUAGUAUUUAAUACUACUAUUUAAUAGCAAAACAAUACAAUUUAAAUGUGCAUGGUAUAUGCAUAUUUUGCUGCAUUUAAUGCCUGUGGCAUUGCCUGAAACUGCACAUUUUCUAGCCCUAUACAUUUAGAGGUUAUUUCAGUUGUUUAGGCCAUUAGAUUCCAUUAGGCUAUAUUAAAAGGCGAAUGUAACGUUGAAUUUUAGCCCUGAAAGAAAGUUAUGGUAAUCUAAAAUUAAUAAAUUCUCUUAUGGAUGGCACUGACAUUGAAGAUUUAGGAGUCUAGUUGUUGAGUUGGAAAUAAUUGUCCCUUCAGUCCACACGGCGUCGCCAGGAAGACGUCCCGACGUCUGGUGUUUAGCCGGUGGUUGUUGCCCUAACAUCCGGCUAGGACACGUCUCAAUGUAUCUGUCAACAAUACUUGGGAAAGUGACAGCUAGCGUAGGUAGCUACAGUAGGGUCCGUGAACAUUUGACUCAGUAGAUAGACUGCAACGUAGAAAUUAACUGCAGUGCACCUUCCAGUCUACUCUGUCAAGGCGAGGAAUCUGGAAACAAAAGAAGUUUCAAGUUUCCGUGCUGCUACUUCUUUUAUGAAGGGCUUCAAAUGGGGGAGGCGAGGAAGUUACAGAAGAAGUUGAGACAGAUUGAGAAUUUGGAGAUCAAAAUCACUCUUACCCCGGAGGAAAGAUUCAAGAUCUCCACGAAGGCGGAGCUCCGGUCCAGAUUGGCUGAGCUGCUGCUGCAGCCUUCUGGCCCCCAGCUAACUCCAGGGAUCGUGAGAGAGGGAGAAAAAGAGAAGAUGAAAAGACAAGUUGAAGAUGCCUCUGAGGCCCUUCCAUCACAUAAGCCUCCAGCUACCAAGAUCCCCAAGGGAGAGUCUCGAAGGCUGGCAGCCAGGCAGGAGCAGACUGCAGCGGGGGGAGACACAGGCGGAGGAGAGGAGAGGCGGGCGACUGCCAAGCCUUCAGAACCCUGCCCAGCCGUGAAACAGCAGCGUCCAGCAGAACCAGCAGAACCCUGCCCAGCCGUGACACAGCAAAGACCAGCAGAACCAGAGGGAGAUGCCGAAUUCAACUCCCUCAAAGCAUCCUGGGAAAAAGCCAAGUUCCGAUUGAAGUUCUUGGAGGGUCACAGUGACAUCAUCACCUGCGUGGUGUCUGUAGAUAACCUGGUGGUCUCAGGAAGCCGAGACACAACGGUCAAGGUGUGGCACGUCCCCACGGCAACGGAGCAGAGAAAUCUGGGGGGUCACACAGGGGGGGUAACCUGUCUGUCUGUUCCUCCACCAGAGUACUGCAGGAGGCUAGCAAGGUCUCUGUCUCUGUCUGAGAAGGAGAGGUUCAUUCUAAGUGGUGCAGUCGACUGUUGUGUGAGGAUUUGGGCCUUAAGCACUGGUCAGUGUGUUAAGUCCAUCUACACGUUCAACACUGUGACUGCUCUCUGCUUUGUGCCCGAGGGAAAUGGAUACAUCGUCACUGGAUCAGAUGGGGGUAAGGUUCAAGGCUGGAGCUGGCUCACCCUGGACAACUGUCAAUCGAUCAACGCUCACCAGGACACUGUCACUUCCCUGCAGUCCCAGGGUCCUCUGGUGUUCAGCGGAUCAGCGGAUGGGAGUGUGUGUGUGUGGGAGGACCUCUGUUCAGAGCGGGACCCCUUGCGACUCUUACAUCACUGGGACGCCAUGGUGACAGGCUGCAGGGGUCAUGGUGGCCGUCUGACCCUCAGUCCCCGUGGCGACAGGCUUUUCUUGGCCUAUGGGAGAGCUAACGUGAAGAUCCUCAACUGGAGGGCUGGUACUGUGUCCAAACUGGCCAAUCACAGCAGCUCUGCAGGAGUCACAGACUGUGUCCAUCAGACAAGGGGAAUCCUGAUUGGCUCCUGCUAUGACUUAACAAAUGGGGAGAACACACUCAACUUAUUCUCUCUUCCUCGGUGCAGGUACUUGGCCUCCCUGAUGUGUGAGGAAAUACCCAGAAUUCUGUGCUUCGCCACAUGGUUCACAGGAAGUGGGGACCACCGCUGGGUGACGGGGGGACGGGAUCUGGUUGUGUGGGAGCAGCUGCCCAGCUCCAGCAAGCAGAGGGGAGACGUCACAGCGAAGCGAGACAGCCGAUUGGACGCCUCCCUGACGGAGUCGGAGGACAGUGAGGACGAGUCGGAUAGUGAUGAAUAUGAUGAUAAUGAUGGUGACGACAAAGACUCCACAUCCCAAGAUGCAUCAGACGGCUCCUCUUCCUGGUUCCGCUGUGUUCUUCAGUGAGUGAAACACCCGCCACCAACCUCAAGAAGAUGCCGUCCUAGAGCCAGCAAGGAGGGAGGGAGAGGAGAGAAAGAGUAACGCAGAAGAGGAGGGGGUUAAGUGUGACAGAUUGAUAGAGUGGAGGCGAAGGAGAGCGCCCAUAUGGAGGGGAGAGUGUGAAGAGAGCGAGCGAGCAUGAAACAGACUGUUUUUCUAUGUAAAUGUUGUUUCUCAUGUAUGCAAUAAAGCUGUCACGCUAUCACC